AUGGCCUCCCCGCCGUAUGCCACCUCGCCCAUGGCCAUGUCGCCGCCCGGCCCAUCUCCCGCGCAGCUCCCCAACAAGAAACGCUCAUCGACGCUCGAAGUCGGCGCUCCUCCCGUCAAGCGCCGCAAGCCCUCAAACAUGUCGCAGGCGUCUGCGCCGGCCCACCCCCUGCGACAGACAUCCUUCCCCCCCGAGGGGCGCUCUCCCUACGCGCGAUCCCCCUCGGUCGACGCGACCUCGAUUGUCAGCGGCAGCGCCGUCAGCGGCGUCACGGCCGGCCCCAAGAAGAAGCGCGGGCGGAAGUCCAAGUUUGCAAAGGGCGAUGACGCCGCCGACAAGACGCCCAGCCUCGCGGGCGGAAAGGCGCCCACCACGGCCAGCGGCCAGGGCGGCGAUAAGGAGGCUGAGGAAGACGACGAGGACGAGAAGGAGGAGAUGGCGCUCGAGGACGUUGUCGCGCGCACACAGGAGCAGAAGCAGGAGGAAAUCCGGCUGAGGGCCAUGCUCGUGGAAGCCUUCGACAGCGAGCAGUACAGUCGCUACGAGCUGUGGCGGGCAGCCAAGCUAUCCGACGCCGUCGUCAAGCGGGUGGUCAACGCUACCGUCUCGCAGUCGGUGCCCCAGAUGGUCAGCACAGCCGUUAAGGCGGUUGCCAAGCUGUUUGCGGGCGAAAUCAUCGAGUCGGCGCGCAACGUGCAGGGCGAAUGGAUCGCGGCCGGCGAGAAGCAAAGCGAGCUUCCGACGCCGCCGCCGGCGACGGCCGAGGAUGACCAGGCAUGCGUGCGACGGGGGCCCCUGCGGCCGGAUCACCUGCGCGAGGCGUGGCGGCGGUACAAGGUGUGCGGCGAGAGCCACGGGGUGGGCAUGCAGCAGCUGUGGCAUGCGCAGCAGGGAGACGGCGUCGAGCGGUUUUCGACGCGCACCCGCAAGCGCCUAUUCAAGUGA